UUAAUUACCUCAUUCAUUCCCAUUCAUGGCCGCCAUGGCUUCUUCCAUCCACAUCACUAUGCAUCAACAGAUUCAACACUCUUUAUCUUCGUUGAAUUCUCAACUCUUUCUCGUUGAUUACUAGUUUGUUUCCUUUAGGUCUCCUCUUAUAUAUAAACAAAAAAUAAAUCUCAUUUUGCAGUUCUUAGUUAUAUAUGUGUUGCAACUACAACCCAUAACCAAAAAUCUUGUGAAUAUUCAAGGAUUAAUUGCUCGCAAAUCAGCUCAAAGAUGGACGGCUACAAUCGCAGUUUCAAAGAUAACUCAAUGGGAAAAUCUCAAAUCGUGGAUGUUAGUAGUAAAGUGAUGCUGGCAUCCAUUAUCAUACUUUUCCUGAUCAUAGUACUAGUUAUAAUUCUUCAUUUCUAUGCCAAAUGGUAUUGGAGACGGCGAAUCGGAAACCAAAACGGUGGUACGAUGCGGCGACGGUUCGUAUUUACAACAAGUCAAGAUCAGAACGUAACAUUCCGGCAAGGACUUGCGGCUUCGGUUAUGAAAGCACUGCCUAUUGUUACGUUCAGUUCUAGUGAAUUCAAAGACGGACUUGAAUGUGCAGUGUGUCUUUCUGAGGUUGAAGAAGGCGAAAAAGCUCGGGUUCUGCCAAAAUGCAAUCAUGGGUUUCAUGUAGAUUGUAUUGAUAUGUGGUUUCAGUCACAUUCUACUUGUCCACUUUGUAGAAAUCCUGUUUCAGUAGAAUCAUCAUCAUCAUCUCCGGUAGAUUCAAGUGAUCUAGAAUCCCAGUCAUCACCGGUAAAUUCCGGGAACAACAACAACAACAAUGGGUUGUUGUCAGUUGAAGCAGCUCCGAGUUAUCCAACUAAUGUCAUGUUCUGGGGCAACCAAAAUCGUGCCAGCACCAGAGACUCCGGUGAAGAAGAAACUUCAUCCUCGUCAUCGUCGACUGAGUCUUCUUCUCCUAGUUUAAGACCGGAUAGACCGUUGGUUAUUGACAUACCCGACAGAUUAAGUCAUGGUUUUUCAUUCUCUUCACCACCUACUACUCCCUCUUCAGCAGGAAGGAGAGUUUCCGAGGAUGAUAUGAAGUCGCCGGUGAGCUCAAGGUUUAAGUCAUUAUGUAAACUGCUGAGCAGGGAGAAGAGAGUUGUCCCUAGUAGUCCCAGUGUUGAUAUUGAACAAGGAGAAGUAGUAGGGAGCUCAAAAAUGUCUUCUCCGACUGGUUAUGUGAUUGGUACUAAGGAACGGCCGUCGCCCGCGGAGGAGACGACCAACAUCUGAGAUUACUGCAUCAAAAUUUCUUUCAUUUGUUUUUUUAAUUUACUACCGAGGUGAAGUGAAGAAAAUUCCACCCACUUUUAAUUAAUUUCAUAAAUCAUUCAUCAAAUCAAUUUUUCGUGUUUAUAUUAGGAUUAGUUUCAUAGCUUGCAAUACUGUAAAAGUGAUUAUUACGUUUCUCAUUUGCCGGAACCUUAAAAAUAAAAACUGUAUAAAAAUAGUUGGCUUUCUUUUUCCGUUU